AUGUUCGAAAACUAUCCGCAGUAUCGAAAAUAUUUCAAAGGCAAGGAAGAAUACAAAGCUGAUGACGUGCAAAAAGAUGACUUUUUCAAAAAACAGGGUAGGAUGUUGUCUUCGACAGAUUAUUUAGUUAAUAUUCCUUACUUUGGAUCGCUGAAGCGGAAUGGCCGUCGCAACAAAAAUGGAAGAUGUCACUUGGAUUCGCGAUGUAACUGA